AUAGGAGUAGGAGGAGGCUGCUUGAAGGCUGGAAAAGGCAUGCGUUUUGCUUCUGGCUCCAAGCUUGCUUGGUAGAUAGAUUUACAGAGUGAGGUGCUCACAAGGCGAACAAGCACUCGGGACUCUCUGAUUGUUGUGAGGAAUUCUACAGCAAGUGUGUCUUAGUUGUUCAAGUCUGAUUUGGGUUCUUUUUUUUCACGAGGGCUUCAAGGCCCAAUUGGAAUUGAAGGCCUCAAUCAGAUUACGUUGGCAGUGUGACAUGUGCAAUCAUAUAUCAAUCAAAACAAGGACGAGUGGCAUUACGAGGACUUAAGUUUGAGGACGACUCAAGUCUAGUUUCAUGAGGCUGUCAUGACCAUUGGGACCGUUUGACUGUCAUCUUAAGAGCCGACUAGCCGAGAUUCGAGCGGGCUUUGAAACGAACCACAAUCACCAUUACCAUUGUCGCGGACAAACUUGGAACUUGGAGCGGUGUAAUCCGAGAACACACAGACUGACUACUUGAAAUAUUGAACCUUCCAAGUUGCUCGUGACCAAUUUCCUAAUGAGCUCCAUGCUUCCAUUCACACCUCCCAUCGUCAAACGUCUCCUGGGCUGGAGGAAAGGCGAGGCCAAAAACGAACAGGACGAAAAGUGGUCGGAGAAGGCCGUCAAGUCUUUGGUGAAGAAGUUGAAGAAAAAUGGCACAGUGGACGAGUUGGAGAAGGCCAUCACCACCCAAGACCCACAGACCAGAUGUAUUACCAUUGCACGAUCACUGGAUGGAAGACUCCAGGUAUCUCAAAAGAAGGGCCUUCCUCACGUGAUCUAUUGUCGUCUGUGGCGUUUUCCGGAUCUUCAAUCCCACCAUGAGCUCAAACCGGUGGAACAUUGCAAUUUCGCAUUCCAUCUCCGCCGUGAGGAGGUAUGUGUCAACCCUUACCAUUACACCAAGGUCGACCAGCCUACCCUUCCCGCCGUGCUCGUGCCCACCAACAUGAGGAAUAACGUUGAGAUUCCCUCCGAACCUCCGGAAUUACCUAGUUUGGAUGAUCUGACCAGCACAGUGCCCGAUAACACCUCUUUUCCUCUGCCCACCAACACGCGGGCCACACCUCUGAACAUCUCAUCGGACACGCCUCCGCCGGGCUACAUGACCGAUGAAGGCGAUCCCAACAGCCCGCCCAUGAUUUGCAAUGGGAGUUUCGGCAGCAACGGCAGUCAUGUGGGUGGAAGUGGCAGGGGCAUGGACACGCCUUCUCCUACCUCAAAUGGCCCGUCUAGCGUGAACGGAGCCCUGGUCGAGACCCAACCGGUGAUGUAUUGUGAGCCCGCCUUCUGGUGCGCCAUCUCCUAUUACGAGAUGCGUACUCGGGUGGGCGAGACCUUCCACGCCAGUCAGUCCUCCAUCACCGUGGACGGAUUCACAGAUCCGAGCAAUGCGGACCGGUUUUGUCUUGGCCUUCUCUCCAAUGUAAAUCGCAACGAAGUAGUCGAGAAUGCCCGCCGUCAUAUUGGCAAGGGGGUGCGAUUGUACUACAUCGGCGGCGAGGUAUUUGCCGAAUGCCUCUCCGAAUCCUCUAUCUUUGUUCAAAGCCCCAACUGUAAUCAGCGCUAUGGAUGGCAUCCCGCUACUGUGUGCAAAAUCCCUCCCGGAUGCAAUCUGAAGAUCUUCAACAAUCAGGAAUUUGCUGCCCUGCUCUCUCAGUCAGUCACUCAAGGCUUUGAGGCGGUCUACCAACUCACUCGCAUGUGCACCAUCCGCAUGAGUUUCGUCAAGGGGUGGGGAGCGGAAUACCGCAGACAGACCGUCACAGCCACGCCCUGUUGGAUCGAGCUCCACCUCAAUGGACCACUGCAGUGGCUGGACAGAGUCCUCACCCAAAUGGGCUCACCGACAAUACGGUGCUCAUCCAUGUCUUAAAGAACCCAACAUGAGGGUUUGUCAAAAGGUCUAAACCCUCCCUCCCUCCCUCCCCCUGUUGCCCCACCUUUCGAAUCAUUAACUAGCCCGGUAAAAGCAAAACAGUCCGAGUCCACUCGAAAAAAAUGGGUUCAUAAGACCUGGAUGGGGUUCUUCAAAAUUGUCCAUCCCACGCGUAUUGAGGUCCCUUCCCAUUUGGUUCGUCUGUCUGUGGGGACGCAUAAAGAGUGUGUCAAACCUCCCAUUUAUAUAUAUAUAUAUUUAGAAUUUCUUUGUCCGACCUCUUCAACCACAAUUCAGAGCGGGUACACGAAAAAUCAUAAAACAGAAAAAACAGCCUAUCAACUACCCUCACACCGACUUCUACUACAACUACUACUACUACCGACUUCUACAACCAGUUCUGCCACGUGUUCUAGAUGCGAAUCUGUUCACCCUGAGCCCUCUCCGUAGGAAGUGUUUUCCUCCUCAAAAAUUAAAAAAAACCACACAGCAGCAGCAACAACAACAAAGAAGAAACAAAUCCAUCUUCAUCCUCAUAUUUGUAAGAAUUUAACGUUUCAACUGGAAACCAGCCCUCUCAUACAAGAUAGACACAUACACAGAUAUAUCUCUCCUUGAUAGUUUCAAGAACCGCAUGUUUUAUACGCUUUAUGUAGCAGGCAUUACUAGUACGAACCUAGAACUCCCACUUCUUCUUCUUCUCGUGUCAUCUCUGUGGUCGCUCUCUCUCAUGUUUUUGGUUCGAAUUGACGCUUUUGUUCCCCCCGACUUACCCGUUGCUUUCAGUGCCGAUAUCGUAAAUUGCAACCAAAUGGAACCCGACAUCUGGGAUAUCGAUUGUUCUGCUGUUGUUUUAGUUGAACUCAUUAUUUUUUGUUUGUAGUUGCGGAAAAGAGUUGACCACUAAUUGGUUCCCGAAAUAAUCUUCCUUUAGCACGGUGUACUUGUAAUUUUGCUGAGGCUUUAGCUGACGUGGAUUGGUCGCUUUUCGGCCAUGAGUAGGUGGGAAUUUCAUUCUCGGUUGUGAAACAAAUAGAUUCACGCCAAGGCUCACCUAAAUCGAAAGGCAAUCUUCAAUCGAUUGACGGCUCCCUCUUCAAAUCAAGCGCAUUGUAGACAUUCGACCAUUAUUCGUAUAAUUAUUACUAUCAAUGCUAUCGGCCGUUGAAUUGAAUCAUGACAUUUUCCAUAUUAAGUAUGUGAAUGUACAGAGUGUAUGAUAGUCGAGAUUUAUAGGCAGAUCGAGUACAACUCUCGUCCAAAUCUGCAAGCUACAUCCAUACGAUACAAGUAAAAUCAUACACAUAUAUAUAUAUAUAUUCUCUAUUCUUUUGUUGUGUCAUCCAAUUGUAAACAAUCGAUUUAGUGAAAGCAACACUUUCGACAUUAUCCUGGUGACUCAGACGCUUUUGAAUUACACGAUCCAUAUUCGA